GCGGGGCUGGAGCUGUGGCCAUGGCUGCAGCGGGAGCUCUGCGGGGUUUCGUGCGGGGCGGCGGUCGCCGCCGCUGCUGCUUCUUCUCCUCCUCGGCUCUCGUGUUAUUGCUGUCGCCGCUGAGGGCGGCCCUGGGGCUCCCGGUUUGCAGGAUGAAAUCAUCAAUAAGCUUUCUUACUCGGCCGGAUCGACCAAAACUUGCUUACCAUCGACUAAAAGGCAGGAAUCCAGGGGUUAUUUUCCUUCCAGGCUUUAAUUCAAAUAUGAAUGGUCAGAAAGCAACUGCCCUUGAAGAUUUCUGCAGCUCCCUGGGUCAUGCCUUUGUCAGAUUUGAUUUUACAGGAUGUGGAAGUUCUGAUGGUAACUUGGAGGAGUGUACAAUUGGGAAGUGGAGAAAAGACGUUUUGUCUAUACUGGAUGAACUUACAGAUGGACCACAGAUUCUAGUGGGCUCCAGCUUGGGUGGAUGGCUGAUGAUUCAUGCUGCAAUAGCACGCCCAGAUAAAGUAGCUGCUCUAGUUGGAGUAGCUGCAGCAGCAGACCAUCUUGUAACAACUUUUAAGAAGCUUCCCAUUGAGGCACAAAAAGAAAUAGAAGAAAAAGGGCAAUGGAAAUUCCCAACCAAGUAUAAUGAGGAAGGGUAUUACUCCUUGCCAUAUGACUUUAUCAAGGAGGCAGAAAAUCACUGUGUGCUAAACAGUCCUAUUCCUGUGACAUGUCCCAUACGACUGAUCCAUGGCAUGAAGGAUGAGGAUGUCCCCUGGCAGAUCUCCAUGCAGGUUGCUGAGCGUGUUCUGAGCAAAGACGUGGAUGUUAUCCUGCGCAAAGGUGGCCAGCAUCGGAUGAGUGAGAAGGAGGAUAUCAAACUUCUUGUCAAUACUGUUGAUGAUUUAAUUGACAAGCUGGCAAUACUAGCCUAAGCUGCAGAGUAGCAUACCUGCAUGAACUUUACACCUGACAUUUUUCCAUGAGUAGCAGAAACCCAGUUCUUAACAAGAUGAUAACAGGCCUGUGACUAUCGCAGUAGGAGCUGAGCUUUACCUGCUGUUUUCUGACCUCUAUUUCGUAAAUACAGGUAUUUUUAUUAACACUGCAUUUGCACAGACAGUCCAAAGUGUGAAGGAGUGCUGCUGUUUUGUUCUGAAUCUCUCCUUCACGACUUAAACCUUUUUCACAAGCUUCCUAUAUUUUUUUACUGAAAUCUUGAUUCAUUUCUGUUACUCUUGGGCUGUGGAGUAAAACUUUAAAUUCCCAUGUCUCUUGACAGCUUUUCCACGUUAUCCUUUUGCUGUAAUAUUUGUGUAUUUUAUGUCUGAAACCAUCUGUGCAAGGCAAAAUACAACUUAAGUGUUUACUAAAGCUAUUAUUACUAGAAAUAGUGACUAACAUGGUUAUAAUAAACAGAUUUUGGAUGAAUUAUCAUACUGUUCUUAAGUAUUGUUAAAAUUGGUAAGUGGAAGACACACCCUGAUGGUGUGCUUGGGGUACUGCAUAUGGGACAAGUAAACUUAGAAUACAGUAUCUCCAAGUGCUUAUCAGUAGAAUUUUCUGUCCUCUUCUGCAGGGUACCUUUUUGUUAGUGUUAAUCAGUGGGUCUAUUGGUAAGGAAAAAAAUAUAUAAUCAGUGUAAACUGAAACUAGAUCAGUGAGUUUUUAUGGGAGUUGCUUUAAAGCAGGGAAUACAGAACCAUAGAGCAUUGCUGCCUCUGUCCUGUGACUUGAUUACAUUAUCACAAGCCUGAGAACUUGUAGCUGACACUUAAUAGUUGGAUAAUUUUUGUAAUGUAAAUUACUAAAUUUAAUAGUAAAUAGAUUUAAUUGCAAAUGUGAUUAUUACCUGGGUUUUAUAAAAAAAUAUGAGGCCAGUCUCAGUAUAAAACACCAGUCAAAAGUACAUAGUUGUUUCUGCCUUAAUAGUAUCACUGUUGCUACUUUUUUUUAAAAGACUGAAGGUUUGUUGUUUUCAGUGUUAGUGUUGUCAGUAGAAGUAUGCUGGCAGUAGUAGUAAGUUGUAUAGACCUUUGCUGAGGUAGUGAUUUCUAAUUAAAAAAAAACCAAAACGAACCCAGGAAAAAACAACAAAGUAAAAAGACACCCUAAAUUUCAGGUGAGUUCCUGUGAAGUACAGUUUUGUUUAGGCUUCAAUAAAAAAAUCAGGAAUCUAUUGCAAAAAAAUUGGAAUUCUGGUAUGAGAUUAAAAAACAUGAUUCUAGUUUAGAUGGAAAUCUUCUAAUUCAAAUGCACCAAUUCCCCAGUUCAGUUAUCAGUCUCAGGAUACUUGUUUGAGGAAUUACAGCAUCCCAUGAAAUCUUGUUUCCAAGUAUUUCUAAAGGGAGUAAACUUUUUUUCUGUACAAAUAUGCAAUGUGCUACUUUCUUAAACUUGUACUGAACAAGUGUUUUGCUCCUGAGAAAACUUAAUUCAGAUAAUUUAUGCAAAUUGCUCAGCCACUUCCAUUUCUGAAGGUUGAGUUGUGUUCAUCUUCAUGUACUGUUAUGUAGUUGUCCUCUUCUUAUAUGCUAAUGUGACUUGGAUUUAAUAAAACCUGAAAAAUAUAUUUUAUUUUAAAGACACAAUCAGAUCAUAAUUAAUUUAAUUCAAAACUGCCUGCUUGUAGCUCGCCUAUGAGAGUUUUUUCUUAAUCUACUUUUGUCACAGCUUUAGAUUUCUUUGUCUCUUACUGAGACAAAGUUUGAAAAAA